AUGGCGGUGGUCGAGACAGUCAAGGACGACGAGGUGAAUGAGCUACAGCAGCAUUUGCAGCUCGAGGCUUACGGUGGCAAGUACCUCACAGCACAGGAGAUUCUAUUGGUUCAACUCUUUCAGUCGGCAGCUGACGUGUCUGCGUCAUUGAACUCUGGAGCCAAUGGCGUUAGCAUCGACAUGAGUGUAUCGACUUCGUCCGGCAUCAGCGCAUCUCCUAAAGCUUUAAAUGGGACGCCAUUAGGUCGAAAGAGCUCAUUGACUUCUAUUGGUAAGAUUACAGUGGGAGGUGCGACGCCACCUCUUAGUACGACACCUAAGCGUCAAGUCUCGUCGGACAGAGCGAGAGUACAGAGUUUUCUGGCUCAACGCUCAUCCACAUCGACUGGGGGAACCAGUAGCAAUGGUACAGGAACAAACGCUGCUCAAUUAACGAGUACCAAACCUGCCAUGUCGGCAGUGGAACGAGCAAAGCUAUUGAUGGCUAAGAAGACUGGAGGGGCGGCUAGGACGGCUGCGGGGUCGAUGGCUGUGAAGAGAACGAACCCUUUAACGGACAUUCUAAAGGGAGGUUCCGGUAGUAUUGUGGGUGGCGUGCACAAUGUGAAGAGACCGAGAAGUAUCAAGAGUGACAAGCCAGGUGAAAUCAAGAUCCAGCGAGGACGCACAUCGAUCCAAUUGCCGCUGGAAAGUUUUCUAAGAAGCGAAGAUUGGGACUCGGCCAUAGGAACCCCGCUGGAUAUAGUGCUGCCUGAAGUGGCUUUUGCUACGAACAAUACGCUAAUUAUCCAUGCGACAUUGCCGCCGAGAUCAUCCCGUUGCUGCUUUAAUGUCAGCACGCAGGCGAGUAUGCUCAGCGGCGCACCGUACCCUGGCACGGUACUAUACCACUUUAAUCCGCGACGUCAGAGAGGUGGCCAUAUCAUCCAGAACAGUAACAUUGACGGACGAUGGGGCUGCUCCCAAGCGUUAUCACGUUUCCCAUUGACGUUUGGCGAGCCGUUUACCUUGCGUUUGACGAUUGUGCCGACUGGCUUUCUCGUUUUUAUUGAAGAAAUCUUCCAAGACGAAUUUAAGCAUCGAGUGCCCAUUCGUGAGGGUGAGAACCUUGUAUUGACGGUUCCUACUCGUGAUGAAAAUGGAAAUCCGGAGGGCGUCAUUGUUCACAGCGUGUGGUGGGGCCACGCAGAGGUGCCGCCUAACCUUGAUACUCGUCGGCGCGAAAGCAAUGGUGGAUACCGAGGACGAGGUGGUGAUGGUGAUCGUGGUACCCAUCGCAGUGGAACGCCUGGUAAAGGCGGUGACCGUUUCCAUCCAGCUCCUCAUCCAUUUGAGGUGUAUGUGGGUAACCUUCCGCAAGGGACUUCACGCGAAGAGCUAUCGUUUUUGUUUCAGUAUCUGGGAUACGAAACCGUGCGCAUUACUGCUCGUGGAUUUGGUUUUGUGACACUACGUAACGCAGAGGAUAUGAAUCGAGCUGUGGAAGACCUGGAUGGCAAGGAGUUCAACGGAAUGAAAUUGCGUGUGUCGUGCGCACAUCCUCCAAGCCAAUAG